CAGUAUCACAGUGUGUAGAACCGGUAUUCCGCUCAGUCAACAGCCAGACCUGGCCCUGAUUAGAUCCAUCCUUACUAAUCUUCUUUUCUUAUACAAAGAUAAUUACCAAGAAGACUUUUAGCUUUCACUAAACAUGCUGAGGGAAACCUUGUUCGUUUUCGCGGCUGUCGUCGUUAUUCUGGUAUCUGGAACGCAAGUUAAUCAUUGUGGCGAAAAUAAACCUUACGAGGAUUCCAAUCAGGUGAAAAUAUCUGGCUGUGAAACACCACCAUGUAUUUUGAAAAAGAAAAAUCGAAUUUCUAUAGAAGAAACUUUCGUACCUGAAAAAGAUGCUGAGCAAUUGCUUACAUCUGUUCAUGCUACGUUACUUGGAAUCGAUUUGCCCUUCAUAGGAGUAGAUGGUAUGAAUGCAUGCGAUAAUAUUUAUGAUGCCAAUAACAACAAAGUCAGUUGUCCCCUGAAGAAAGGUACUACGUAUGUCUACAAAACUGAAUUUCCUAUUUUGAACAUAUAUCCGAAGGUCGAUUUAAUUGUAUACUACGCUUUACGAAAUGGAAAUGAUAUUGUCUCUUGCUUCACAGUACCAGCGAAAAUUACUGGCUAAAAUAUCUGUGCCAUCGAUCAUUUUUUAUGUUUUUUUCAUUUUGUUUACGAAUUUUAUAAGGUUUCCUGGUAGAAAAUUUAAAAUAUAGAAUAUCGUUCGUUAAUAAAAAUCAAUAGCAUAAGUCGUUGAGAAGGAUGAAGGUUAAGCGUUUCAAAUUUUAAUGAUUCGCAUUGUCUCUUGCCUGCGAGUAUGUUCUAGCAAUGUAAUAUGUAUAUACAUAGAUGUAUAAUGCAUAUAAAAAGUCACAAAUAAACUUUUGCGUAGCGUUUCUGUAAA